UGCGUUCUCUAGCGCGGCUCCUCUGAUUGGCUGCGUGCCAGCGCCGCGGGUGAGGUCACGGCGCACCUGGCCCCUUCGCGGAAGUGGUGUGCAGUGCAGAGCCGAGCUCGGCGGCGGGCCCGGUCCGGCUUGUUCCGGUCCCGCUCCCCCGGCCCGUCCUGUCCCCGCUCCCCUGGUCCGGCCCAUCAUGCAGGCGGUGGAGCGGGACGGGGCGGCAGGCGGCCCCGAAGGGGCGGUGGGGGGCGGUGAGGCCCUACCGGAGCCGUCGCCGCCCAAGACCGCCGCCGCUUUCGACUUGCUGGAGCUGGUGCGGAGCUACCGGCGGCUGGAGCUCUACCUGGAGCCGCUGCGGGACGCCGCCGAGGGCGUCCGUUCCCUCCUCCGGUGGCAGCGGCCCGUGUGCUCCCUCCUCGUCUGCCUCGGCCUCAACUUCCUCCUGCUCACCCUCGGCCAAGCCGCCUGGUACUCGGUGCUCGCCCUGUUGGUCCUGGUGCCGGCCCUGCUGGGCUACCUGCAGGAGACGUGCCGGGCCCGGCCCUCGGAGCCAGAGCUGGUGCGCAGGAGGUACCACAGCGUGCGCCGGGAGGACCUGCGCAGGGUGCAGCUCUCGCGGCAGGAGGCCAUCGUCCAGGUCAAGAGCUUCCUGAUCCAGCUGGAGGGAUUCCUGAGCGGGAUGUGCUGCAGCUGUGAGGCAGUGUACCGUGUGCUGUACUGGGAGAACCCCACUGUCUCCUCCCAGUUUUAUGGGGCGCUGCUAGGAUCUGUCUGUGUCCUUUACCUGCUGCCCCUCUGUUGGGUCCUGGCCAUCCUCAACAGCACCCUCUUCCUGGGCAACACCCAGUUUUACCAAGUGGUAAUGGAGCUCAAGGCCUCGAUUGAGCAGUGUGUGGGCACCAAACCCCUCGAGAGCACUCCAGAGCCUGCCGAACCCCUGCCAGCUGCUGCCCCCCCAGAUCGGACCCCCACACCCACCAGCACAGAGGACCUUACCCCUGGCAGCGUGGAGGAGGCGGAGGAGGCAGAGCCUGAUGAAGAGUUCAAAGAUGCUAUUGAGGAGAACCAGCUGCUGGUCAUGGAGGAUGACGAGAGCUCUCAGUGCUCAGCAGAUUUUGACCUCAGCCUCCCAGACAACGGUUUUAUGAGCAAAAACGAGGUGAUCCGCAGCAAGGUGUCACGCUUGACCGAGCGUCUGCGCAAGCGCUACCCCAGCAACAACUUUGGGAGCUGCACGGGCUGUGCAGCCACCUUCUCUGUGCUCAAGAAGAGGAGGAGCUGCAGUAACUGUGGGAACAGCUUCUGCUCCAGGUGUUGUUCCUUCAAAGUCCCCAAGGCUGUGAUGGGAGCCACGGCCCCGGAGGCUCAGAGGGAGACGGUGUUCGUGUGUGCUCUGUGCAACCAGGUGCUCAUCAAGUGACUGAAGCAGGCCCAGCCAGCUCCUGGGUCCUGCACUGCCUGACACCCAGGACAGUGGGCACCCUUGCAGCCAGGAGCCUGGGCUGCUUGGUUCCCAGCAUGGUGUCACCCUGCCAGAGGAUGCUUGUGCUUGCUGCUCCUCCUGCCAGUGCCAGGCUGGGGGCAGACCAGCCCUCCUUGCCGUGCAGCAUCUGCUGCACCAGCUGGGUCCCUGUGGUGGAGCAUUGCCCACAGCUGUACCCCCAUCCCUGCAGCUGCUCCAAGCCCUGGAUGCUCCCUGGCACUCGCUGUGCCCUGCCACGUACUUGCCCAGGCCCUGUGGACUGGGUUAGUGAUGGAGGAGCCAUCCUUCCCACUUGUGGUCCUACCUCCACCUCUUGGGUGAGGCAGAACAACCUCAGGGCUCUGUCCCUACCUUUCCCAGCACUGUGCUAGAUGAGUGUAUUUUUGGGAUCAAGUCAGAGCUCUGCCUGCAUCACCAGGAGAUGUGGUCUUUGGUCCUGGCUCAGCUGAGACCCUGCUAGUCACUCCUGUGCUCCUUGGCCUCACCACCUGCAGGUUUAGUCUCCCCCCACUCCAAUACUUGGCCGUAGUGCAGAGGAGGCAAGAGGGUAAGUUUGGGCUGGGCUGUGUGGCUGGGUCUCCAGCUGCAGUGUGAGAAGAGGCAGGAGUUGGUGCUGCUCUGUGCACUUAGUGACUGCUGCUUUCUACUACAGAUUAAUAUAUGUGUAUAUAGAGAAUGACCAAUAAAUCUCUUGCCCUCA